AUGGACAGUGAUAGCGACCUGGAAGUACUUACACCUCCAGAAAUGAGGGAGAAUCAUUCUAGAGUGGCUAGAUCACCAGAUGCAUCUGUUAAACCAUCCAGCCCUAGCAAUCCUGCAGGAUAUAAAGCCGGACCUUUAGUUUACACACAUGGGCCUCCAUUUCCAGUAUCAUUUUUCAUGCUACGUCUUCAUCUGAAUUCGAGUUUCACUACUGAGGAGAGAGUAAUGCAUAUGGGUCUAUGUUUACCACACGCUUGUACAGACCAGGAUGUCAAAAAAAUCAUGGAAGAAACAUCUGCUUCAUCCAGAAAAGUAACCGUCAAAGUAGAGGCAGUCAGAUCAGAACACAACAGAUACAACAUUUGGACAGACACAACAUUUAUAGCGUUAUGUAUAGCAGCAUUGAUAGUUAUUUUCCUGAUUGUUGCUGGUACUGGAUACGAUCUCUAUUUGGAAAAUAUGAAAAUUGCUAAAAUGAAGGCGAAGAAUUGCUUCAAUGGAAAAUUCGAUAGCAAUAUGCCAGAUAUGAAAACAAAGAACGGAAAAUGUGGCUUAUACAUAGUGAACAAUAAUUGUAACAAUAACAACAAUCUCAUUGAAAACCACCAAUUGGAACUCAAUGGAAAUAGUAACGAUAGUUCAUCACGCGAACCAAUCAGUAGGUUCAUUUUGAGAGAAAUGCUACUAGCAUUCUCGGCAAGGAUGAACAUCAGAACCAUAUGCGAUCAAAGCGUAGGAAGCGACACCAUUUCUGUCAUACAUGGGCUCAAAGCUAUCAGUAUGGCCUGGGUAAUCUUGGGACAUACUUGUAUCAUCGCUUUCAAAUAUUCUGAUAACAUGGAGUACAGAAGGAUUGUUCAGAAAGAGUUUCUUUUCCAAACAGUUACAAAUGGAACAUUCAGUGUAGAUACAUUCUUCUUUACCAGUGGAUUACUGGUGUCCUUUCUGUACUUUAGGACAAACGCCAAAGGAAAAUUGGACCCACUGAAUAAAGGAAAUGGGUUUGUUGCUGGGUUUUUGCAUUUCAUCGGGUUGAUCGCUUACAGAUUCGCGAGGUUGACAGUGCCUUACCUAUUUACCGUUGGUUUGGUUGAGGUGUCGAUGAAAUGGUUUUAUUACAAUUCGAUAUUUGAGCCUCCGACUAUGGAUCACGUGAAUUGCCCUAAUUAUUGGUGGAGGAACGUCUUAUAUAUCAAUACUCUAUUUCCAGUCGAAGAAAUGUGCAUGCUAUGGAGUUGGUAUUUAUCUGAUGACACUCAGUUCUAUGUCAUUGGUGCAGUAAUGCUCAUUCUAGCUACAAGCAUAGACAUAAGGGUGAACUUUCAUGAUUAUGAGGGCAUGAAGACGUUAGUAGUUUCACCUUUAAUACAGACAGAACUUCAAAUUCAGAUUUUACAACUGUAUUUCAGAAAGGGUACAAUACAAAAGACUAAUCUUUGUCAACAAGAAUUCAUCCAAUCUAUGGUUUUAAGUACAAUGACCAAUUGGACCCCAGUAUGCCACUUCAAAAGUGCAGCUUCUCUUCUGAUAACCUUCAUGCUAAGCUCUUGGAUUACUACAGGAUACAUAGCCUACAGUAAUAGUCACAUGCCAGGCUCGGAUGACCCUCUAGCUCUAUUCGAUAAAAUUUAUGACAAACCUUGGACCAGGUUGGGGCCAUAUCUCAUAGGAAUGUGCACUGGGUGGCUGUUAUUCAAGAAAAACUGCAGGAUCCACAUGCCAAAGGUUGUUAUUGCUAUUGGAUGGACAGCAUCUAUAGCAAUUCUGCUUGCCUUGGUCUACGGCCUAUACGAAACAACUUUGAGUCCAUGGAUGGGGGCAGCUUAUAGUUCCCUUAGUCAUUCUGCAUGGGCAUUUGGAUUGGCAUGGAUUGUAGUUGCUUGUGUAACUGGUUAUGGAGGCGUGGUAAACAGACUCCUAUCGGCGACCAUCCUCUACCCUUUCAGCAGAGUCACCUAUUGCGCCUACCUGAUCCACCCUAUAACCAUCAGAGCCAUGGUGAUGAGCAUGGACAGCCCGCUCCAUCUGGGCAGCACCGUCACGAUCGUCAUCUAUCUGGGACAGGCUGUAGCGGCCUACUUCCUCUCGUUCUUCAUUUCUGUCGCCUUCGAGGCGCCUAUUGUGUCCCUCCUGAGGAUAAUAUCCAAGGUGGCGGUGAUGAAGAAGAAGGAUUCGCCGAUCGCUUCUUGAUUGUAUUAUAGCGUAAUGGUAGAGGAGAGAGGACUUGUGUGUAUAUAUUUUUUUACGAGGUACCAGUCAUAUCAAGUGAUUUAGUUUUUUUAAUGAGAUUUAAUGAGCAGGUUUGGAGUAAACAAAUAACCUACCAGAGGAAAAGACAAUGAGUAGAUAAUAGGUUUUGAAGCAUUGUCAACUACUGGUUGAUUGCCUGAUGAUUUAUCUUGCCAACAGUUGAUGAAUAGACAAGUACACCAAGUAUCCCAGUCGUAAUUGGAAAAAUAUUUCUGAUUCCAUCAAUUGAGCGUACUUUGUCAAAUUGUUCUAUUUCUAUUAGCUCAAAAACUGGUGAAUUGUUAAUCAUUAAGUGAAGAACAUUUAAAAACUAAUUGAUAAAUGGCAUUAUACAUUCAACAAGUUAUGAAUGACAGCAGUUGCUACCAACAUCAAACAUCACCAACACAACGAAAAAAUCAUUCACCAGGUGAAAUAUGGCCAAUUUGCAAACGUGUUAGGGGAUUCUAUUGAAACAUAAUUUUCAAGUCAUUACAAUGUCUAUCAUAGUGACAGAACUGACUCUAUAUGUGUGUUAUUGUUCAGAGGCGGGUAAGUUAAUGAUUGAGGAAUUGCAUAAUUUUGAUACCUGCAAAUUGACAUUCAGUUAUCAAUGGAGAAUUUUGAAAAUCACUGUAAAUUUUGAAUGAUUUCAAAAUUAAGAUUAGGUAGUGUUUUGUUUUGUAUCACUGUUUAAAAUGGCAAAAAAUAUCUGAGAAAUUAUUGAAAUGAACUGCUAAAAGCAAGUUAAACCAAUGGUUAAACGUAAUAUUGUUGUAGUUAGUGUUAUAUUUAUUCAUUAAAUAAAACAUUUUAUA